AUGCUGCCUGUGAAAACUCAGGAGAACGUUGUCUCCCUCUCAGUGGACUAUAUCGUGGAAUAUGACUAUGAUGCAGUGCACGAUGAUGAGUUAACGAUCCGAGUUGGGGAAAUCAUCAGGAAUGUGAAAAAACUGGAAGAAGAAGGAUGGUUAGAAGGGGAGCUAAAUGGCAAAAGGGGCAUGUUCCCUGACAAUUUUGUGAAGGAAAUUAAGAAGGAUGUAGAGCCCAAGGAUGAUGCCGUACCAGUCAGGAGGGAGAAAUCUGGCAAUGUAGCCAGUCUUGUGCAGCGUAUGAGCAGCUAUGGGCUUCCAGCAGGAGGAUUUCAGCCUCAUCCCCCAUCCAAAAGCUUCAAGAAGAGGUCCAAGAAGCGGCAGUGCAAAGUGCUCUUUGAAUACAUUCCACAGAACGAGGAUGAGCUGGAACUCAAGCUGGGGGAUGUGAUCGACAUCAAUGAAGAGGUAGAAGAAGGCUGGUGGAAUGGAACACUGAAUGGCAAGGCAGGGUUGUUUCCUUCAAACUUCGUGAAAGAAUUGGAAUUGACGGAUGAUGGAGAAACACAGGACACUCUGGAUGACACAGAGUCUGUUUUCAGUGGUCCUACCUCACCUGUGGUCUCUUCAGGAAAUGGGAGUGAACCUGGAUCUGGACCAGCACAGCCAAAGAAAAUCCGAGGUAUUGGGUUUGGAGAUAUCUUUAAAGAAGGCUCAGUGAAACUUAAGACAAGAUUAUCCAGUAAUGAAUCAGAAGAUAAAAAGCAAGAUAAGCCAUCACCUAACCAUCCCCCUGGAACAAAGCUAGUUCAUUUUCCCAGUACAACAAAAACUGAAAACUCAUCAGAAGUAGUAAAACCAGAAGCUGAAAGUAAACCAAAAGCCAAGGAAUAUUGCAGGACAAUAUUUUCCUAUGAAGGCUCAAAUGAUGAACUCAGCUUUAAAGAAGGCGAGAUCAUUCAAAUAAUCAGUAAGGACACUGGAGAGCCAGGCUGGUGGAAAGGAGAACUCAAUGGUAAAGAAGGAGUCUUCCCAGAUAAUUUUGCUGUUCAAAUACAAGAGUCUGAUAAAGACUUUCCUAAGCCAAAGAAACCUCCACCUCCAGUAAAAAGUCCAGCUCCAAAGCCUGAAUUGCCAACUGGAGAGAAGAAGUUCCCUUCUUUGAGGCCUGAAGAAAAAGAUGACAAAGGAGCUGUGGAUCAGAAGCCUUUGAAGCCACAGGCUCCUCAAGUACCACCCAAGAAGCCUAUUCCUCCAAGCAAGACUAACAGCUUACUGAGAGCAGGGCUUCUGCACCCAAGACGUCCAGAUAAACCUGUUUUGCCAUCAUCUGUAUCCAAAUCUAAUGGAGAAGUUGUUUCUCUUCGACCAAAAUCUGAAGUUGAGCCAGUAGCAAAACCAAAGUUAGACUCUGAACCAUUACCGCUUAGACCAAAAUCAGUAGAGGUAGAUUCACUUGUGGUAAAGAGCUCUAAAGAAUCAGAUCUGUUAAGCUUUGAUGAUGUAAUAGCUACCUCAGAUAAUCUAUCGCACCCUACUGCAAACCGACCCAAGAUGCCUGGUAGGAGGCUGCCUUCACGUUUCAAUAACAGUAGUCCUGCAAGUCAAAAUGUGAGUCCAGAAAAAAAUUUGAAGGUGCAGAAAGAAGAAAGUGCCAAACCAAAGCCAGUUGAAACAAAAAAGCCAUCUGCAUUCAGUACACCAAUUCCAUCUUCAUCUCAGAGACCAAGUUCUGUUAUACUCAACUUUUUUCCUGGAGACAUCCAAUUUAAAGGAGAAACGGAUGAUGAAAAAAUUUCUGUGGAAGAGCUCAGGACUCAGAUUAAUGAUUUGAUGGGUUUAGUAGAUGCACUGAAGAAAGAACAUGGGAGAGAACUGGAAAAACUAAAGAGGGAUUUGGAAGAAGAGAAGCUGUUGAGAAGUAAUCUGGAGCUUGAAAUAGAAAAAUUGAAGAAAGCAGUGAUGUCUACAUGAAACAGCUAUGGACUCAAUGUUUUUUAACUCACCAGGAAUUCAAAGCUGAACACAAGGAGAACUGACUCUAAUUUCAUAAUAAUGGAUGCUGGUGUUCUACAGUCUUAAAGGAAAAAAAUAUAAUAAAAAAAGGAAUAUAGUCUUUUAUUCAGAGAAAUAAGAAAACAAAAAAGAAUAAUGGUGUAAUUUUUUUGCCAAUAUAAAAGAGGCCUUAUUUCUUACUGUGCUGGAAUUGCAGACCUUAUUUUUUGGUUUGCUUGAAAAUACUACUGAAUCUGUAUAGAAAGGAGAGGGAAUUCUUAAUAGAUUUUUAUUGAAUACCUGUAGCUUAAUUUUUAAAGAGAUCUAUACUAUAAAUAGGGUGAUUUAUCUUUACAACUAAUCUGUAAAAUAGUCUAUUGGGAGGGAUGGAAUAACUGCAUUGUAAUUGUAGUCACUACUUUUCCCCUACACGCAAAAGGGAAUAUAUAAUAUUUGUAUAAUUUUGGCAGUCUUACCCAGGGUUAUGCUGUUGUGCCUGUCUGCAGUGAAAAUAUUAAUAAUAUGCUGUUUAUAAGUUGAGUAAUGAGAUAGGAAUUUGUUAAUGCAAUGAAGCAGAUGAAACUCCUAUGCAUUGUGGUAAGAACGAAUGAUCUAAUCUGGGUAGUUUAGCAGAACAUUUUGUCACUUGCACUAUUGGAUUAAAAAGGGAUUUAGGACUGAAUCAUGAAGUUAUGACAAAAUUAACUUUUAAAACCACAGAAUGAAAUACAGAAACAAGACUAGAAUCCAGUCUUAACUCAACCUGUUGUGCCUAAAAUAUUACAGCAUGAAAAAGUAAACCUUAAGUCACAAUGUCUGUGCUUCUGUGUAUCUAAACUGAAGUCAUCAGUCUUUCUAGUGGUUAAAUAUGCAUCUUGAUCUGUUUUUACAAUAGUUAGGUUUUGUUUAUAACAUGUCUCCAAAUAAAUCCCUUUGGAACUUUGAUACUCUCAAAA